AUGUCGGAAAUCAGCACCGCGGGGGAAACGCUGCAUCCGGUCCGAGUGGCGGAAGAGCUGAGCAUAGAGGCCGAAAAUCGUUCGAUCUCCUCAUCCACAUCAGACAUUGUCAUUGAGAAGAUUGCACCGAUAUUGGAUGAUAGUCCUCCUGAGAGCAAGAAAAAGAAGGUCGAAUUCGAAGGAGCGAACGUCGAGCCGGCUCCACCCCCUUACACGCCUGCAACGGCUGAAGCGGUGAAAAUACCGUUCUGGGAAAAGCGAUGGUUCCUACUGGCUCCCAUUGGAGGCCUGUUCUCCCGCAUCCCUAUCCGCGUUUUCUUCAUCAAUGCUCGAGGAUUCCUCGCCGACAUCUACCAAACAACUUGGAGAGGACCAUGGAUUAAUCGCUCUUUAUCUCAAAGGCAGUUUACCGUUGGUGACCAAUGCUUCGGCUUGGGAUCUAACUCCAUUUCCGCAGCAUCAUGUGAUGAUGUUGGCGUCACUGUCUACGCUAUGGAUACCGAGGGAAUCCUGUACGCUUUCCAGCCAUCUGGGGAAGAUAGCAGUGGAAAUGGUGCAAUUUGGAAUAUUGUUUGGCAAGACAAUGAUGUCGGAGACAUUUCCGCCCAAGGUGUCAAUAUUGCUGCAGUCUGUCUGAUGCCCGUCGACGACUGGCCUCCACCAGUGUUUGUCAACUUCUUCGAAAGUAUUCAGAACACGGGAUCGCUUGUUACCUGGUUCAACACUACAAACGUCACUGUCCCCUUGUCGCCCAAGUAA